AUAUGCAUUCGCGGUAUUCGGUGUACCAAAGGCUACUACAAAGAUGAGGAAAACACCCGCAAACUGUUCGACAAAGACGGAUUCCUCCGAAUGGGUGAUAUUGGCCAGUGGACGCCGUCUGGUGCUUUGAAGAUUGUCGAUCGAUGCAAGAACAUGUUCAAACUGGCACAAGGCGAGUAUGUGGCUGCGGAGAAAGUGGAGUGCGUCUAUCAGACUUGUAAUCUGAUCACACAUGUCCUUGUCGAAGGCGAUUCACGUAGCACAUUCGCUGUGGCCGUGGUCGUGCCCGAUUUCGCCAUUUUGCGGGACCAAUUAAAUCUGAUCGGACCGAAAUCACCGGGAUCGCGGCGUUCCUCGGCUUCCGGGACCGAACUGACCGACACGGAGUUAUGUCACAGCCUAGAAGCUCGAAAAUUGGUGCUGAAAAAAAUGAACCAGAUAGCGAGGGAACGCAAUCUGAAAGGAUUCGAAUUGGCCAAAAAUAUCUACUUGACUACAGAAAUGUUUAGCAUUGAAAACGGUCUACUCACUCCGACUCUCAAAAUCGCCCGCUACAAGGCACGGAUGCAUUUCAAAGAACAAAUCCACCAGAUGUACACCGAAGGGGAGCUGAAUGGAUGA